AUGAUAAGGGAAGGCGUAGAACCCGACGGGGCUUCAUACACUUCUCUUUUUCAUGCUUCUGCAAGUAUUGCAGCAUUAACACAGGGGACCAUGAUCCAUAGUCAUGUUUUAAAAACCGGGCAUGUGAAAGACUCUCAUAUUUCAAGUUCGUUGGUGACUAUGUAUGGGAAAUGUGGAAGCAUGUUAGACGCUUAUCAAGUUUUUCGAGAAACUAAGGAACAUUAUGUGGUUUGUUGGACGGCUAUGAUAACAGUUUUCCAUCUACAUGGUUGCGCAAAUGAGGCGAUUGAAUUGUUUGAGGAGAUGCUCAAUGAAGGGGUUGCGCCUGAAUACAUUACUUUUAUUUCCAUCUUGUCGGUUUGCAGCCAUACGGGGAAGAUUGAUGAUGGUUUUAAGUACUUCAAUUCCAUGGCUAAUGUUCAUAACAUUAAACCCGGGCUUGAUCAUUAUGCUUGCAUGGUUGACUUGCUUGGUCGUGUUGGUCGAUUGGAGGAAGCAUGUAGGUUCAUUGAAUCCAUGCCAUUCGAGCCUGACUCGUUGGUUUGGGGGGCUUUGCUUGGGGCAUGUGGAAAACAUGCCAAUGUUGAAAUGGGAAGAGAGGCCGCAGAGAGACUUUUCAAGUUGGAACCGGAUAAUCCAAGAAACUAUAUGCUGCUUUUGAAUAUCUAUUUAAGACACGGGAUGUUGGAAGAAGCUGAUGAGGUGAGAAGAUUGAUGGGGAUCAAUGGGGUGAGGAAAGAGAGUGGGUGUAGCUGGAUUGAUGUUAAUAACAGGACCUUUGUUUUCUUUGCGAAUGAUAGGUCACUUUCAAGGACACAAGAGAUUUAUGGAAUGCUGCAAAAGUUGCACGGUUUUCCCUUGAUCUCAACCUUGAAUCAGUCUCACUGUGGUGUGGUGUGA